GGAACGUUCUAGUGCACCAGACUGCGCACUGCCGCGACUUCCUGGACUGUCUUCCCCAACGUAGUGCUCGCACUGGUAGCCUCGGCCCCUUUAAGAGAUCUGCGCACCGGGCCUUGCUUCCGCCAUGGCCGCUCAGUUGCUGGAGGAGGACGUGGUGACUUGCUCCAUCUGCUUAGGUCGCUACCGGGACCCGGUGACGCUGCCCUGCGGGCACAGCUUCUGCGGGAACUGCAUCCAGAAUUCGUGGCGCUCCUGCGAAAAGUCGUGUCCGGAAUGUCGCCAGCCCUUCCCCGAGGGCGCCAAGCUGUCCCGCAACGUGAAGAUGAGCACCUUGCUGCAGGCGCUGCCCGUUCUGCCGGCGCCGCCCGCCGGGACCCCGCGCCGGGACUCCGCCACAGGCCACAGCGCUCGCUGCCUGCGCCACGGGAGGCCGCUCGAGUUCUUCUGUCGCACCGAGGGCCUCUGCGUGUGCAGCGCGUGCACGGUGCACGACUGCAGCCACCACGAGCGGGCGCUGCUGGACGUGGAGCGCCGCGUGCGCGAGGACCAGCUGAGAGCGAGGGUACUGGUUACCCAGCAACAGGUUGCCCAGGCAGAGACCCAGCUUCAGGAGCUGCAGGAGCAACGCAGUCGGAUUGAGAGUUCAGCCUGCACCCUGGCCUCGGCGGUGUCCAGGAGAUUCGGUAGCCUGCUUCAGGCGCUAGAGAAGCAGCAGGCCUCAACACUGAGUGAUAUAGAGGUAGCCAAGAAGCAGGCGCUGGGCCAAGUUCUGAAUGAGAAACAGCGGCUGACUGACCACCUAAGGACUCUGUCUCAGUAUGAUCAGAGUGUCCAGGAUCUCCUGGCGCAGACGGAUGACUGCAUCUUCUUCCAGGAAUUACAGCUGCUCCCUGAGCCCACAGAGUCCCUCGGGCCACUGACCUCUCCACAGUGGAAUGAAGAACAGCAGCUGAGCAACGUGAACCAGCUGCUUAGCCCCCUGUGUGAGCUCCUCUUUGAAGAGAAGAGCCUCCCCAAGGCGGCAGUCAAGGCUGCAGAUGCUGGCCCUAUGGAGACCCUGGGUCCCCUGGCACCAGUCCCCAGCGCAGUGUGUCCACUGAGGAAGAAGCUCUGGCAGAAUUAUCGCAAUCUGACCUUUGACCCAGAGACCGCCAACCAGUAUUUGCACUUGUCUCACAAGGACCAGCGGGUGACACACCAUUUCCAGGCCCAGGGCCCAGCCAAGUCAGGCAGCUUCGAGCUGUGGCAGGUGCAGUGUACCCAGAGUUUUCAGACUGGACAACAUUACUGGGAGGUACGUGCCUCUGAUCACUCUGUCACUCUGGGCGUCACCUACCCAAAGCUAUCACGCCAAAAGCUGGGGACCCACACGGAUAACAUCGGCCGUGGACCCUGCUCCUGGGGCCUCUGCAUCCAGGAGGACAGUAUGCAGGCCUGGCACAACGGCAAAUCUCAGCGCCUGCGUGGAUUGCCCGGACGACUCCUGGGCGUAGAUUUGAACUUGACCUCUGGCUGCCUCACCUUCUACAGCCUGGAGCCACGCACACAGCCGCUGCACACUUUCUAUGCAGUGUUCAGCCAGCCUCUCUUCCCUGUCUUCUGGCUCCUUGAGGGGAGGACCCUUACUCUGUGCCAUCAGCCUGAGGCCAAGCUCCCUCCAAGGCCCCAGGAAGAGGCCACAGCACCCAGCUGAGGAAGGCACAGACAGGUGCCACCGUGCCUGGGUGCCCAAAAGUGGCCCGGCCUCUGGCUUCUAGAAGGAACAGCUGUUGGCCUCUCUGUUCACUCAGAGACAGACAUGGGAGAGGAAGCCUAGAACAAAGUUUACUUUUUACUAUCUAUGAAGGGGUCAGGGGACAGAGAGAAAUGAAAUAGGAAGUCCCAGCCCCAAGCAAGAACCAGGUUCUUAGCAUUGCGUGGACAUCUAUCUUAGUCACUGUUCUGUUGCUGUGAAGAGACACCAUGACUGAGGCAACUCUAUAGAAGAAAGCGUUUAACUCAGGGCUUGCUUACAGUUUUAGAAGUUUAGCCCAUGAUUAUCAUGGAGGGAAACAGACAGGCGUGGUGCUAGAGCAGUAGCCGGGAGAGUCACAUCCUGGUCACCAGGCGCAUGGGCACGCGCGUGCACACACACACACACACACACAUGCACACGCACACAGACAUAGGCUUUUGUAACUUUAAAGUGACACACUCCCCCAACAAGGCCACACCUCCUAAUCCCUCUCAAACAGUUCCACCACGUGGGGACCAAGCACACAGGCUGUAGACAGCCAAAGUGGUGAUGGUACAGGUGCGGCAGAUGUGGUGCGGCAGAUGUGAGCCGCUUUCUUUUGCUCGUCCCACAUAUGCUUCCAUGAAGGUCCUGGGUGGUUUUUUUGCUCACAUUUCUGGAAGUAGAAUUUGUUUUUUUGUGCUGGGUAUAGAGUCUGAAACGUUUUGAAUGCUAAUAUUCAGAGUUCUGACCUUCACUGACAACAUCUCCAGCCCGGGAUGAUUUGUCUCCUUGAGAGGCCCCGCCCCAUGUUCUGAUGUUGACGGUAGUUACAAGGAAGCCCACUUUUGUAAUGUCUUUUUCUUUUCCUUUGUAAUUCCUUAAGCAUUUGUUUUGUAUGCUCGUGGGUAAACAUCUCACAAAAAAAAAAAUUAGAAAUUCUUUCAUGUCUAUUUAGUGUGGGACUCAGAGUGGGGGGGGCUUGUGUACGCCACGGCUUACGUGUGGAGGUCAGAGGACAACGUGCAGGAGUCCGAUCUCUCCUUCUACCAUGUGGGCUCUGGGGUGGAGCCCAGACUGUCAUGCUUGACAGCAAGCACACUGGGACAACUGCAGAGUUAUCCCAUCAUCCCGACAAUAACAGGUUUUUGUUGUUUGAAACACGAUAUCUCUAUGAACCCCUGGUUGGCUCAGAACUAUGUAGACCAGGCUGUCCAACUCAUAAAAAUCUGAACCCCCAUCAGUGGCCAAUAAGAGUUUUUAAAGAAUUAUAUGUGCAAUAAUAUAUCCCCUAGGGAAGGUAUAAAUGUUUUAUACAAGUGA